GAAAGCGGUCCGUCGCUAAACAAGGACCGCCUAUCGAGUUUAGAAAACAGACGCGGUGGCUCCUGGAAAGGAAAUAUCGUAUUUAUAUUUGCUUUAAAACUAUGCCACCGGGUAAGAAUUUGAGAAGGAGGAAAGAUGAUUCAUCUGAUGAAGAAGACGAUGAGACCAAAGCGGUGGUCAGGUCCAAACUGGAUGAAGCCAAGGAGCUUCAAAGUUUGAGGAAGAGACAGCAUGGAGUGAGCAUUACAGCGUUACUUGUUGGAGAGAAGCUUCCUUUAGAAGCCGAGCUUGAGGACGACCCAUUUAAACUAAAAACAGGAGGUGUUGUUGACAUGAAGAAAGUGAAGGACAGAAACCGAGACAUGACAGCAGAUGAAAACGACCUGAAUCUCGGCACAUCUUUCUCUGCUGAAACUAACAGACGAGACGAAGAUGCAGACAUGAUGAAGUACAUUGAGACAGAGUUAAAGAAAAAGAAAGGCAUGGUGGAGGCGGAAGAACAGAGUAAAGUAAAAGUGAAGAAUCCGGAGGACCUUCUGUAUGAGCUUCCUGAGAACAUCCGUGUCAAUUCUGCCAAAAAGACAGAAGAGAUGUUGUCCAAUCAGAUGUUGAGUGGAAUUCCAGAGGUGGAUUUGGGGAUUGAUGCAAAGAUAAAGAAUAUCAUCAGUACAGAGGAAGCAAAAGCAAAGCUGCUUGCUGAACAGAGGAACAAGAAAAAAGACAAUGGGACCUCAUUUGUUCCCACUAACAUCGCUGUCAAUUACGUCCAGCAUAAUCGCUUCUAUCAUGAGGAUGUAAACGCACCCCAGAGACGCAACAGAGAAAUAGAGCCCAAAGCCAGGCCAAUGCGAGUAGGAGACACUGAAAAGCCAGCACCUGAGGCAUCACCACCCAAUUAUCGUAAGAGACCAAAUAAUGAAAAGGCAACAGAUGACUACCACUAUGAGAAAUUCAAAAAGAUGAACAGACGAUACUAAGUUUCUACCUUUUAUGUGAAAACUGGCUGACCCUUAUUUUUCAUUUAACAGAAAGAAAAUGUAGAUAUUUUUACUGUAUUUAAAAUUGUCCUACUGUUAAUUACUUUUUUUUUU